CUCUAUAUUAGCACACGCCACCAAGCCCUCGCUUAACCAGAUCACGCAAUUAUACAUCCAUAGCCCAUUUACAGAGAGCAGGCAUAGUAGUGUGGAAACAGCCAUAGCUAGAAGUUGAUUCAGAUCACAUGGCGAGGGUUCACUCUUCACCGUUGGUAUGCUCGUCGUCGCCAGCGGCCGUGUGCAGGAGCGAGAAGAGGAAGGUGUUCACCCUGUGGCUGAAGUCGCUGGUGCUCAACGGGCGGGGCUGCACCGUGUACGACUCCGACGGCCUCAUUGUCUACCGCGUCGACAACUACGACUCCAGGUGCAGAGACAACAUCUGCCUCAUGGACCUCCGCGGCAACAUCGUCGUGAACAUACUCAAAAAGAAGCUCGCGUUCGGCAAGUGGGAAGGGUUCAAGUGGAGCGGCCGGAAGCAGGACCAGAGGGCGUGGUUCAAGGUGGCGCGGCCGUGCUUCCAACGGAGCCGCCGCCCGUCGUCGUCGCCGUGCGAGUUCGAGAGCGACGCCGGCCGCGCCAUGCGGUACAGGAUCGACGACGACGGCGGGUGCCGCGCCGGGAAGCGGGCGUGCUGCAGGAUCGUCGACGCCGGCACCGGGCUGGUGGUCGCGGAGGUGAAGAGGAAGGUGACGGCGGGCGGGGUGGCGCUGGGGGAGGACGUGCUCGCCCUGGUGGUGGAGCCCGACGUGGACCACUCGCUCAUCAUGGGGCUGGUGCUCGUCUACGGCCUCAUGAAUCACACCAUGUGAAGACAGAAAAAACACUUUCUUCGUGCGAGUUAUCGUAACUGCACGAGGGUCCUUAGUGUGUAGCUACGCAUAACAGAUGGCACAUGGUUUAAGAUUAAUUUUGAUGCCACGGGGGAAAGGUUCACCACUUAUGCCAGCAAAGGAGGUUUAACAAACAUGAUCAAUUAACCUAACUUUUUUUUUUCGAGAAACACAGUACAAACAUAGACGCUCACAUACACGCGUAUAUGCGCACCCUAUCCCUGUGAGCACCUCCGGAAGACUGAGCCAGCGGAUUGGAUCUUUAAAUUGACAAAGUCACCAUAGGCGCUCGCUGUCGACGCGAGCAUGUCCUCCCACUGAAUGAAUAUUCCGCCUUUAUGAGA